CUCCUGAUGAUUGGCCUGGUGUUUCGUCAGAAAUUUUCCCGAGGCUCGUAGACAAGGUGCUGCUGACUGUCAUUCUAAAUAGUUGCUGUCCAUCCUAGGGUCUAGAUAGAUCUAAUCUAAUCCAGAUAACCGUUUGGUUAAAAAAAUGGCCGACGUAGAAGAAGGAAAGCCAACUGAUGGACCCAAUGAAUAUGAUAACAUGAAUGAGUCAGCGCAACAAGACGAAUUAAAAGAAGUCAAAGCUCACCUCAUCAGUGCCAAUGGCGGGGCUGGAGGCGAUACAUCAGAUCCAGCAGAGUAUAAAGUAGCAAUUGUUGAACCUUCCUCCUCAUCAGACGGCGAAGUAUCUUUCAGUGGAUUAGGAAAAGAUGAAGUGUUAAAAUAUGCCAAUGAUCCCUUUUGGGUUCGUCUACGCUGGAUUCUAUUCAUCUUGUUCUGGGUGGGAUGGAUUGCUAUGCUUGUUACUGCGAUAACAAUCAUUGUACUUGCCCCACGCUGCCCGCCAAGACCUGAUCUGAAAUGGUACAACACAGACACGGUUUAUCAAGUGGUAGUCAAAUCUUUCAAAGACUCAAGCAAUGAUGGUUACGGUGAUUUUAAAGGUUUGACCGAUAAACUUUCAUACAUUACCGAUGACAUUGGAGCUAAGGCUAUUUGGCUGGAUUCAAUCUACAAAUAUGAUGGGGAGGAUUAUUCAUUAGGAAUCCUAGAUCACAAAGACUUAGAUGAUAAGCUUGAAGUAAAACUUGAUGACUUCAAAAACUGGCUUAAAAAAAUGAGGAAAGAAGGAAAGAAAAUCAUUCUUGAUCUCAUCCCCAACCAGUCAAGCAAAAACCAUUCAUGGUUUCUGAAGUCAAAAUUAAAUGAUAGUCAUUUUGCUGACUAUUACAUCUGGCAAAGUGGGUCUCCUAACAAUCCUCCUGGUACUCAGAAAAAUAAAUAUGGUGAUUCAGCUUGGUCAUAUGACUCAGAGCGCAAGGCCUGGUAUUUUCAUCAGUAUUCUAAGGAUUACCCUGAUCUCAACUUGAAGAGUGAAGCUGUUAAAAAAGAGUUCAAAGAUAUUUUGAAGUUUUGGUUUGAGGCCGGUGUUAGUGGUUUCCAUAUUAAAGGCCUUGAGAGUGCUUACAACAAUGACACUCUAGCAUUUCUUGAAGCGCUGCGUGUUGUUGCUGAUGAGUAUUCUGACAAGCCAGGGAGAGAGAAGCUGUUAUUUGGAUCAGUGCGUAAUGGCCAGGACAUUUCAGAAUAUUGGGGAACGAACGAAAAGAAAAGACUUCAUAUUGUGGUUCCUGUAAUGGAAGAGCUGAAGGAUGGCUGUAAGGCUGUUUGUGCUAAAGCCCUGGUAGAAAAACUGAACAUAAAUGUAACAAACUACUGGCCUGGACUUCAACUUGGUAACCAAGAGACACAGCGUGUUGCAACACGCUUGGGAGGAGACUAUAAGAAGCGUCUGAUGCAGGCCCAUGCACUGCAACUGCUCUUGUUAGGGACUCCUUUCAAUUAUUAUGGUGAUGAGUUUGGCCAGAGAGAUGGAGAUGCACAAACUAGUGUCAAGUUUCAUGGUAAUGAGGUGCACAUGACACCAAUGCAGUGGAACACCCUGGUAAAUGCUGGGUUUACAGAUAAAAAUGUGAGCACCUGGAUCCCUGUGGGCUCUAACUACAAGGUGGACAAUGUUCAGGUUGGACUUGCUCACUUUUCUGGUCUUACACCCCUUGAAGCUUACAUGCAACUAUCCAAACUGAGAACUAGGGAAUCUUUCCAAUGGGGCACCACAAAGGUGAGUGCACCAAAUGAAGAUCUGCUGGUGUUUACACGUCAAGCCUCCAGGUUCCCUUACUUCCUUGUUUUGAUGAAUCUGAGUGACCAGGAGAUUCAUGUGUCUCCUGAAGAUCUAAGUGAGUUCUCUAUCAAGGAGGGCACAGUUCGCUACCACACUCAGAUGGAGCAAGUUGACAAGAGCAUCAGUUUCCUAGACAAGGGUGCCAAUCUACGGGGUUAUGAUGUUAUAGUCCUGGAGCUUCCUGCUCUAGACUAACCUCUCUCUUUAACACAUUUAAAUGCUGUAUCAUUAGACAACUUGUAUAAUUCAAGUUUCCUUCCUUUUGACUGUCUGGAAAAGUCUGCAGUGUGAUUUUAGUUUAUGUAAACCCUUUACUAACCUGUGGCCAGAGAUGGACUGCUGUACACAUUCCCUUAGUUAUGGGAGCAGCUUGUAUUGAGAAGAUCAAGUGAAGCCAGAACAUGCUCUUCUUUUUCUAUCCAGAUGUUUAAUACCAGUUUUUUUUAAUAUUAUGGACAAUAUAUUUAGAGAAUUAAUAUAGUUUGCUGAUCAAUCUGACUCCAAUUACAUUUUUAAAUAUGUCAAGACUUCUUUAGUUUUGUGUAGGUUGGAUAUAGGCCCUACAUUAAAAAUAUUAAGAUAUUUAGACAAAUAAAUUUCCUGUUUAAUGCA